UUCCUCCAUAUCCUUCCUCUCUCUCUCUCUCUCUCUCUCUCUCUCUCAACCCUUCCCUCUUCUCUCUGCCUCUCAAUUACUGCUUGGAUAGUUUAAUUUAUCAAGAUGAUGUACGAAAACCAGCGUACUCUUAUUCACCCCCCACACCAUAAUCAUCAUCAGCAGCAGCAGCAGCUGAGGAAGAUAAACACUUAUGAUCAUCAUCAUCAAAGGCAGAAAGCCCAUUCAGAUCAUCAGGAGGAGGAAGAAGAAAAGCUCCAACUAGUCGACCUCAGUGGCAUGUCCCUCGACUCUCUCCCCAGCCCUUCUCUUAAUUUAGCUCUCAUCUGCAAGUUGGACCUCUCUAAUAACAACCUCCAGGAAAUUCCGGAGUCACUAACAGCGAGACUGCUGAACGUAGUGGUGUUAGAUGUGCACUCCAAUCAACUUAAGUCCCUCCCAAAUUCCAUCGGUUGCCUCUCCAAGCUCAAGAUUUUGAAUGUCUCCGGCAACCUCCUCGAGUAUCUCCCCAAAACCAUUGAGAAUUGCAGAGCCUUGGAAGAACUAAACGCCAACUUCAACAAGUUGAGUGUACUUCCGGACACCAUAGGCUUUGAGCUCAUCAACCUCAAGAAGCUCUCCGUCAACUCCAACAAGCUCGUCGUCCUUCCUCGCUCCACCUCCUACCUCACGGCGUUGCGCGUUCUGGACGCCCGGCUCAACUGCCUCCGAGCUCUGCCGGAGGACCUCGAGAACCUCGUCAACCUCGAGACCCUCAACGUGAGCCAGAACUUCCAGUACCUGGAAUCCCUACCUUACUCCAUAGGAUUACUCUUAAACCUGGUGGAGCUGGACGUGAGCUAUAACAAGAUCAGGUCGCUGCCGGACUCCAUCGGCUGCCUGAAGAAGCUGACGAAGAUGAGCGUCGAAGGGAACCCCCUGGUGUCGCCGCCGCCGGAGGUAGUGGAGCAGGGAGUGUAUGCGGUGAAGGAGUACUUGUGUCAGAAGAUGAACUCCGGACACCAGAGCCCGUCGAAGAAGAAGACGUCGUGGGUGGGCAAGUUGGUGAAGUAUGGGACCUUCGGAGCGCGUAGGAGGGAGCGCGAGGAGCGUGAGGGUUUCAUCGUCCAUGAUCAGUAUCGCGCCAUCGCUGGUCUUGCAACUCCAAGGCAUGUCAGCAUGUUCUCCCCAAAACGACUCUUCUCGCCCCGCAGGCACUGACGACGUACGGUCAAGCUCCACACUCGUCUUCUCCGAUCGAAGAUCAUGGUUUUUUUUUGUUUUUUUUUUGGUUGAAUAUGAAGAAUUAAUUCAUGCGCUUUAAUAUAUAGUUACAAAUAUGUACUAUAUAGGUAUGUGUGCUAUAGGUUUGUAUUUAGUCGUAGAUUACAAAUAAUCACAGAGGAACUUCUACGUGGGCUUGGGUUUGCGGACA